AUGUCUUCUACUAACGAUUUAAACACAAUCGAAUUACUUGACGAUAUCGAAAAUCUUGUCUUCCUAUGCGAUCGGUUGAAUACACGAUUAACUCAAGUAACUUCUUAUGUCGAUGAAGUUAAGCAAAUAUGGGUUAAUAAACGACGUUCCAUUGAAUCAGAUUCAAAUGUAUCUCCAAUUAUUGCUCAGAAAGUGGUCAAAUGUAAUAAAGUUUUACUAAAUGUUGCUGAAAAACUUGCCACUGUUGAACUACAAACUGAAUCGUUACACAACCUUCAUUCAUCUAUUACGAAUGUUAUUCCGACAAAUAAUGAAAAACGUCCGUUGCAACUUGCAGGAUAUCCUCCAACACCUGCUGUCAAUCGCUCGACAGCACCGACGCCAGUCGUCAAUAUGGCAGCGCCUAAAGUUGAUACCUUAGGGUAUGGAAUUCGCCUACAAAAAGAUACUCUUAUUUCGGUAGCUCGUGCAUCGAAUCCACCAGCAAAUGCAUUUACAGCUAGAAGUACGUCAACACUGUUUAGUGAUACUAGCUCAGUUAAGGCACCAGCUAGUCAACAGCAACAGUCUGCUUUUCACCGGCCAUUAUCUUUUCAAGAAAGUAAUGUGUCUCAGCAGGCUAAACUAUCGCCACAGACUCCGAUGGCAUCAAAUUCAACGCAAUAUCAAACAGCUUCAAAGAUCGCUGUAAAUGGAUCUGUGAAUGGUCAUCAUGCACUUCCACAUCAAGCGUCGAACUCAUCUGAUUCAUAUAUGACUGCAACAAUGAAUGAUUCGAAUAAUAACGAUAAUAAAGUCCGAGUCAAAAUGCAAGUCAUUGCAUCAAAUACUGUUUGGCAUAAUGCUGACAUUCCUAUUGUCGACCAUCCAUCAGCAUUCUUCGUAUCGAAUCAAGAUCCACGUGUUGCUGAACAAUUCGUUAUGAUGUCCAUUGAAAUGAAUAAUUAUUACAAUAAAUCGACAAAUACAAGUGUACCAUUGCAAAAUAUAUCUAUCGGUGAUUUUUGUGUCGCUCGGUUUAGUGAAGAUAGUCAGUGGUAUCGGGCUCGUGUUGUUUUGAAUAAUAAUGAUUCAGUGUUGAUUGUUUUUAUUGAUUAUGGUAAUUCUGAAUCAAAGCAACCGAACGAAAUUUAUCCAUUAACUGAAUCAUUGGCACGCUUACCAGCAAUGACAGUUGCUUGCACAUUGCAUGAAGCAUUUCCGAGUAAUCAAAACUUUUGGACACCUGAAGCGACCGAUACGUUUAAUACACUCGUCAAAAAUCGUAUUGUGGAAGUUCAUUUCCAACAAGGCAUGGGUCAACAAUGGCCAUUGCAUUUUGUCAAAGUUACACUAGAUGGUCAAUCGAUUACGCAACAUCCUAAAUUGUUACCACAUAUAACAGCAGCUCGAAAUGAGCAAAUUGCAUUACAUUUUAAUGAUAAACUCACACCCAUGGAAUAUAUUUUGUACAAUGUUGCAGUUGUUGAAUCGGAUAUUUAUAAUAAUAAUCUUCCAUAA